AUGGUCGCUCCUACUGUGAACUACCCAACUGUUGUUCCAGCCAUCAAUCAAGUGGUGGAUGUUAUUGCAAAGCGUGUUGUCGGCGUGCGUGAGAACGGGCCAACUCUUAUUCACUUUGAAUUUGGUAAAGGCACGCUCGAAACUGUCGAAGGGUUUGAACCAGCUUUCAAGGCCGAGAUCUUUCACGGCGCUGAUUGGCUCUCAUUUGAUUCCGAUGAGAAACAUGCUCGCAUUGACGUGAAAGCCGUGGCACAGACCGAAGAUGGUGCCAUCAUCAACUUUCCCUACCACGGAGUUGUAACGCUUGACAAGGAUGUUAUGGCCUGCUUUAAUAUGGAUCCCACAUCGAAGACAAUCCCUUUCGGUGCCAGCACCAAUACGCAUUAUUUCCACAGCGGAGCAGAGAAGCUGAAGGAUCUUGAAAACAUGACAUUCAUCGGAAAUAGUCGCAUGAUUAUCAACCAGGAAACUCGGGGAAUUCAAGUCGAGACUCGCAUCUCGAGAGUCAUUCCUGCUACGGGUUUGGAGUGA